AUGGCGCCUUCUCUCCCUCCCAAAGCCGAGUCACCCUAUCGGGAAUUUACUCAAAAACCCAUCAACAAAUACAACUCUUCUGGACCUCCUUUCGACGUGCCCGUGACUAUAACUGAUCGCGAUGGUUCUCUUAUCCACGAACGUGGAGGCCAGGACCUUGUUUCUACCAUAAUUACUCAUAACGACGUUGAAUUCCUGGAGAAAUACUUCGCUAUCGACCCUCGGGCCGUUCCAAACCUAUUUGAGCUUCCUGAUGACGAUGAGGCCAUCUGUGACUUUGGCGAUUGUUUCCGUUACGCAGCCGAAAGUGGCAGUCUCGGCACACUUCAAACGCUUUUGGCUUAUACCACAAAAGGUCUUGAUAAGACGAAACCGAUCAGGUUGACAAGGGCCAACUUUCAACUCUUGAAUGUGGCCGCCCAAUUCGGCCAAAUCGAGAUUGUGCAAUGGCUCCUCGAUACCCAGCCAUUAUACGCAAGUAUUCACGAUCGGGAUAAUAUUAGAGGCUUUACAGCACUUGCAGCGGCAGCGGAUCUCUUUUCAUUCCGAUCUUGUUUUACCCCCGACUGGGAUAUGAUCCGCUUUGAAAAUAACGAGGCUGUUAUGAAUCUGCUACUUGAUCAUGGUGCUUGCGCUUCUGAUGUUGUCCAUCCAACAAACGAUAAGGAUCUAAUGCUCCCUACUGUUCUCACUUUAGCUGCGCAGUGGGCAAGUACUGAUUUACUUGAAAGACUGAUCGAUGGUGGUGCCGAUAUCCAUUAUAAGGUGGAAGCAAACUCGUGGGAGCUGGACUUCCAGGAUCAACGUGAUUUACCUGUUCUAGUUGAGGUCAAUGCACUGUUCCUUGCAUCUUUUCAAGCAAACCCCAACGGCGUCAAGACUCUGGUGUAUCGCAGAGGUGAUGGAGUUACUAUCGCAGACAUGGUGUGCUCUACAGACUGCGUUGGAAGCCUCCCUAUCCACUGGGCGGCUCGAAACCGGUUGCCAGAUAGGCAUGGACUCAUCCCGACAUCUAUGCUCCACGAAAGAGCCGGAAAUGUCGCUCGUACGAUUGAGCAGCUCUUGGACUUCGCUCCAACAACAGUCAACGUCCAAGACAAUGACGGAAAUACAGCUUUACAUUACGCAACCCGAUAUUUUGGCAAGAAUGGCAAGAUGUACACUCCUGUCUUCGAACUCCUAUUUAACCGGGGCGCAGAUCCAAGCCUUCGUAAUUACAAGGACGAAACCCCUCUGCAUACCAUGUUCCAGUCCCAUGGCGAUGACGCACCCAUCGACACAGCAGCUAUAUCAAUUUUGCUCGCCCACGGCGCCAAGGUUACAGAUGUCGACAACGCUGGUAAUACGCCAAUGCACAUUGCAACCAGGAACUGGCAUUUCAUCGACGCCGUCUCCCUUUUGCUUGAGCAUGGCGCUGACCCGGCUCAAAGAAACCUGAAACAAGAUAAUGUUCUUCAUACAGCUGCUCGUGGUGUCUGUCUGGUAGAGCGAGAUGAGGGAAUAACGGGAAUACCAGAGGAUAUGAUGGCUAGGCUGAUAAAAGCUGGAGGGGCGGAGUUACUGGAUCUACCAAACACGGAUGGACAGACUGCACGAAAAAUAUGUCAAGGGCGGAAUGAUGAAUGUAUGAAGGAUAAGGGAGUGUGA